GCCUACCAUCAACUAUUACAAAACGAUUCAAAUACAGACCUAUCCAGUUUAGGAACCUAAAAUCAAUCGCGUUCAAUUCAUACCACCACCUUACUAAAACAAAGUCGUAAUUGAAUCGUUAGUGAACGAAUGAAAUCAAAUAAAAAAUAAAAGUUGUCUCUGAGUCGCACUCCCCGGUGACAGCUGCUGGCAGACGAAAGAAAGAGAACAAGCUAUACGAUCUCUCAAUAUUUUAUCUCGCUCGGUAAUGUCACUAGAUUUGCGUUCCCUUAUACGAAAUUCUCAUUAUAUUGUGCCAAAGAAUGUUUAUUUAUUUGUUACUUAUACAAAAAUAUAUAUUCUAAACUAGCACCAAUUUACCAAGUUUAUGUGAAAACUUCAAAAUACAGCUAAAUUUUAUUUAAAUAGUAUGUACGACUGUUUUUAACUAAAACGUUUAAAGCAAUAUGAUGUGUACACAAAUUCGGAACGGAACGUACUUUGAUUUCGAGUUAAGUGGUUCGUAAUAAGUACCUGUAGCGGCAGAUUCGUUUGUUUAUGUGCGUGUUUUUGAAUAUUAUUUAAGUGAAAAAAGGAUAAUUUUUACAAAAUCAUAAUGUCGUAAGUAAAUUAUUUUACUACUUUAAUCGUCUAGAAUACAUUUUAAAUAUAAACAAGUGUGUUAGUCAAUUUGAAUGGGACCUUAUUCUUUCAACAAAACUAUUUUAAGUGGUUGUUUUUUUAUAGCGUCUCCCACACUCGAAGAGUUACUUUCAGCCAGCUUGAGCAGCUAUGGGAGUUUUUAAAUAAAAAUAGGUGCUUAGCUACAGGCUUUAAUAAAACGUCCCAAGCAAGGGAGUUUUCAAAAAGAAUGUGGGAAGAGAUAGCGCAGCAUUUAAACUCGCACGGUGAUGGAGCAACAAAAGAUUGGAAAGGAUGGUGCAAAGUACGUAAACAUUUCUUUUUAUGUUGUAGACGUAAUCAUUAUUUGAAUUUCGUUCUGUUAUUGAUCCAUACAUCAUAUCAUGGUUCUGCCUAUAAACAAGGGAUAAAGUCGCGGUUAUAUGUACUCGUAUGCAUGUAACAAAGCCUAAUAACUUCAUCAACUUUCAAAUUUUUGUAUUUGUAUUGGAAUUUUACUUAAGUUUUUGUAUUUUACAGUAUUGGAAUGAUUAUAAAUCUAAAUUAAAAAAGAAUGUUGCGUUAGUCAGAGCGUCGCAUCAACUGACUGGAGGGGGCCCUUCAAAUGUGAGGCCUCUUACUGAAAUAGAAGAGAAGUUUUUGCUUAUUGUGGGUCAGGAUUUUGGCACUGGUCUGCCAGGAAUUAGAGUGCAACCAAAUUUUGAAAGGGAACCAAUAGAACCUCAGCCAGUUGCCUCGAAUAGAAUUUUAACCCCAACAAUAGAAGAAGCUACCCAAGAGUUUGGACAAGACAAACGGAAUCUCCCCAAUGAAGACGAGGCGCAGGAUGGAGGAUCUCUAAGUGUUUUAGAAUACUGGGGAGGAAAUGAACCUCAGCCCGGUCCGUCGAGGAUGUUAACGCCCCCGCCAGCGCCGCAGGCUACGGAAGUGCAGCCUCCUGCCGCGCGGUCACCGCGCACGCCGCGCCGCUCUCCGCGGGCUGCCGGCUCUACGCCGCGCCGCCGCCGCCCACGCCGCGCGCUGCGACGGGACCCGCCCGUGUCCCAGGAGGCGGCUCGCCGAUCUCUCAUAGAAAUCUCGAGCCGCAGAGCCGAAAUAGAGGAAAGAAAUACUAAUCUCUUGGGACAACUGGUGGCGGAGAUCCGAGAAAUCAAACAAAUAUUACUAUCUAGGUUUUUAUAUUUAUAUUUUAACUGCAGUAUUUAUUUAAAUCUAAAACACACUUUAAUAACAGAAAUUAAAUAGUUACUAAAUUGGGUACUAAACUAUAAAUGUAAUUAAAUUUUAUAACAAUGCUAUAUAAAGUUAACAAAUUUUAAUCUAAUGAAACAUAAAAUUUAUCCUAAUAAUAAAAUAAAAGUGGACUUAAAACCUUAUGUAUUAAUUAAUUUUAAUUAACAUUAAUAUACAUUAUAAUUUAUAAUUUUUACUUAAUAACUUUCAUUUCAGGAACGCCGGACAUCCCACAGUCGACGAAUGAGAUCAUUUCGAAUAGCUACACCCUGUUGAAGUGCUUGGUUGUUUUGGCUGCUACUCACAGUAUCUUCAGCAAGAUUGGCAGGCUGCAUUUGAGCUUCUUGAGAGCUGUCUGCAUCACUUAUUUCUGGUGCUGGAAGGUUUGCUUUAUUGCAAAUAUUGUGUAAAAUGACACAAGCAUUAACAAUAGAUGCAGCAACUUGGGGUUUAUAGUGUAGAACUCUGUGGGCCAAGAGGCAACGAAAGCGUGACUUUAGAAGGCCAAUAGUUCUCUCAAUUACAUUCCUGGCUCGAACAUGUACAUUAGUGUAGUGGCCUUCCGGAGUUUCAGGAAGAGCAUUUACCACUGGUGUCAUAAGAAACUUCCUCAGUGGAUAGCCAGAAUCACCUGUAAAAAUAUUUUUUUUGUAAUAAAUAUACUUCAUAAUAUAUUUUUAUUACUUUU